AUGGGAAUGUCAGACGAGAUGUUUUCCUGUCGGUUCUGCAGCGAGUCUCCCUUCGCCAGGCUGUUCGGUGCCGACCCCCCUCCACCAGGGGGCACGACGACUCGACAGACGAGAAGGUCUCCGUCGAGUUUUGUGAGGCGUAACUCUGAAGAGAUGCAGCGUCUUAUAGCGAGCUGGGACCACUAUGUAAGCUCUCGAGCUAAGGACUUCUUUGUCACUCGCGAGAAGCUAGAGGAGGUGCUCAUGAUGAUAGCGAGGGGCAUCCACCAUACUGAGGACCCGAUCCUAGGGGUGGGUACCAAUACGUGGACGUUAGCGACUAUUCCGUUCCAGAUGGUGAAGCCAACGGAGGACACAGAGAGCCUGACGUAUGUGAAUCGAGUGAUGGUCCUCAUCUUCUCCUCGGACGAGGCCUUCCAACAUCUCAUGACUCUACCCAAGGCCCCAUUCAGGUAG